GCUUUUGCGAGUGAAAGCGGAAUAAUUGUCCACGUUGUUUACUAGGUUAGUGCACAUUUUCAGAUCCACACAGUUUGUCAAACUUAAUGGAUUUGCCACCACUAAACUGGGGUCAUGGAGAGUUGUGCGUCGACCACAGACCCCCGCGCACCGGAGAAUAUCACGUCCUGGGGGCUCCGCCACGUACGAGCUGUAGUGAUACAACGUUGUUCACCGUCAUGAACGGUGCUGGAGUUCAAAGUUGCUGGAUUUAGAGCGGGGAACAUCAUGCACAUAGCGGAGCUCACGCUUUCCAUCCUGCUCGCGGCGAUCAUCGUAGUGUCGUUGCUGUCCAACGUGGUGGUGCUGAUUUGUUUCCUAUACAAUGCAGACAUCAGGAAGCAGGUGCCUGGGUUGUUUAUACUCAACCUGACUUUCUGCAACCUGCUUCUGUCCGCCUCCAGCAUGCCCCUGACUCUUUUUGGGGUGCUGAGUAACGCGCAUCCUGGUGGACACGUGUUCUGUCAGGUGGUGGGAUUUUUAGACACUUUCCUGACCACCAACUCCAUGCUGAGUAUGGCAGCGCUGAGCAUCGACCGCUGGGUCGCCGUAGUGUUUCCUCUGAGUUAUCACUCUAGAAUCCGUCACAGGGACGCCUUGAUCGGUCUGGCUUACACGUGGGUUCACUCGUUGUCCUUUUCCGUGGUAGCGGCGUGCCUGUCCUGGGUGGGUUACCAUCAGCUGUACGCGUCCUGCACACUUUGUAAUAACAGUGCGAUCAACGCAAAAACGCAGUUUGCGGUUUACACGCUGGCACUGCACACUCUCACGUUCCUGCUGGUUUCGGUGGUGCUCUGCGUCACGUAUCUAAAAGUGCUCAAAGUGGCGCGCUUUCACUGCAAGCGGAUAGACGUGAUUACCAUGCAAACCCUCGUGCUACUAGUGGACAUCCACCCUAGUGUUCGCCAGCGCUGUCUAGAAGAACAAAAAAGAAGAAGACAGAGAGCCACUCGCAAAAUCAGCACCUUCAUCGGAACCUUCGUCAUCUGCUUCACUCCUUACGUGAUCACCAGGAUUGUGGAGCUAUUUGUGACUGAGCCAUUUAAUCCAUAUUGGGGUGUGCUGAGUAAGAGUCUGGCAUACAGCAAAGCUGCAUGCGACCCGUUCGUCUACUCUCUUCUACGACACCAGUACCGCAAAACCUGCAGUGACAUAGUCAAUCGGCUGAUGCAGCGCAGUUCCCUGAACGCAUCUGGGCAUCAGCACGAAAAUGGAAAGAUUGGAAAGACUGACGAGAUCAGGAAAAUUAGAUGGUCCAAGGAAAUUAUAAAAGAUGAGGAAGGUGAAACCAGACCUACUGACUGAAGACCUGCUGUUGCUAUAGAGAUGAACAAUCACAAAGGUAGAGCUUUUACUGUGUAAAGAGAGAGAACAAUGAGAGCAAUUGAGCCAGCGGGGUGCCAGGCUCUGCAUUUCUAAACUUAAAAAUAAAUCAAGAUUUUAACUGUAGCAAAGGAGAUUUUAGUAGCAAAACAAUUCUAUUUCUUUCUUCUUCGAUUUGUCCUUUUUCAUUCUUUUUUGCUCUGUCCAUCAUUUUUUCUUUUUCGCUUUGUCCAUCUUUCAUUCUUUGUCGCUCUGUCCUUUAUUCUUUUUCGCUCUGUCUAUCUUUCGUUCUUUUUCGCUCUGUCUGUCUUUUAUUCUUUUUCGCUUUGUCCGUCUUUCAUUCUUUAUCGGUCUGUCUUUUUUUCGCUCUGUCCGUCUUUUAUUCUUUUUCACUCUGUUCGUCUUUCAUUCUUUUUCGGUCUGUCUGUCUUUCAUUUCUUUUCUCUCUGUCCUUCUUUCAUUCUUUUUCAGUCUGUCUGUCUUUCAUUCUUCUUCACUCUAACCAUCUUUCAUUCUUUUUCGCUCUGUCCGUCUUUCAUUCUUUUUCACUAUGCCCAUCUUUUAUUAUUUUUCACUAUGCCCAUCUUUCAUUCUUUUUCGAUCUGUCCUUCUUUCAUUAUUUUUCGAUCUGUCCUUCUUUCAUUCUUUUUCGAUCUGUCGUUCUUUCAUUCUUUUUCGAUCUGUUCUUCUUUCAUU